UCACCGGGUCCCGGCCAAAAAUUCACCACUGGCACCCAGCGAUUGUUGGGGGGGAAAGCUGACAGGGGAGACUUCAAGGAUUUUCUGCUUUGUAUUUCUCUGCACAGCAGAGAAAUACAAAGCAGCAUGUCUCCUACUAAAACACACACACACACACUACAAUGUAAAACAGCACACAUCACACAGUUAACCUUUUGAUCGCCCCUCAUGUUAACCCCUUCCUGUUCAGUGUCAUUAGUACAGUCUCAGUGCUUUUUAUUAGCACUGAUCACUGUAUUAAUGUAAUUGGGAUGUCAGUGGCAGGUAAUAAGUUCCCACCCAGUGUCAGAAUGCCUGCCGCAGUCCCGCUAAAA